AUGCUGUACUACAUCGGACUGUCUCUGGCGUGGCUGGAUUAUUUCCUCGGCGUGGUGACAUGUCCAGGAAUCGUUCCCACCGUCCUCACAGUCCUUUGGAAGGGUCAGACUAAGACAGCUGCCAUUGUCUCCCAAAUUCUCGGCAUGAUGACCGGCUUUGCUGUCUGGCUCGGGGCUACCAAGGCACUCUACGGCGUCGUCAAUGUGACCACCAGUGGGUCGCAGCUUUCCUGCAUGUACGGGGUCAUCGCAUCCUUUGUCUCACCUGCCAUAUACACCGUGGCCAUCUCACUGAUCAAGCCUGCAUCGUUCGACUGGAACAAGUUGUUUGAAGUCGAGCUGAUCACUGAUGAUCUCAACGCCGAGGAGAUCGAAGCCAACAAGCGGGCCCAAAUGCUCAGCCCCGCCAUGAUCAAGAAGAUGAAAAAGAUGAGCAAGUUUGCCUCCUUCGCCGGUGUUGCUAUGUUUGUUGGUGUCUGGAUCAUCUGGCCGUAUGCUAUGUACGGUUCACGAUACGUCUUUUCGAAGAAGAUAAGCUCGUUAUCUCCUUUCUUCACCGGCUGGAUCGUCGUUUGCAUCAUUUACGCUUUUUUCACUUUCUUUCUCGUCACCUUCUAUCCACUCUGGGACGGCAGACACCAGCUCAAGAUCAUUGUCCUUGGCCUUCUGGGAAAGAAGAGCCCAACACGAGGCAUCCCACAGGAACAUGUACACGCGGGUCAGGAGCCCAUGUUUCUGGAGCCGCUGGACACGGAAACAAAGGGCAUAACGGCUACCGGGAAGGACAAGUAG